AUGGCACAUCGCAGGAAUUGUUUAAUAUUGGUGUUCUUAAUUAUUGUCAAUAAAUUUUACGUUGAUAGUCGUCCAUUGACAUUAGCGAAAUUGCAAAUUCAAAAUUGUAUAAGCCAGAAUGUUACACGACAGCCCGUAAUUAUCGAUACAGAUACAGACGUAGAUGAUCUAUGGGCUAUUCUGUAUGCUCUUAAUGUACCAACUAUUGAUGUCCUCGCCAUAACAACUGUCGGGAAUGCAUACAGCAAACCGUUGUAUUCAGGAUCAAAUGUUCUUACUUUUCUUGACUUGAUUGGCUGUUCAAGUGGUGUUGCAGUUGGCUAUGGAGUCAACCUUCCAUUGAUGUCGUCUGGCUACACAAUUCCACAAUCAUUACUCGAUUCAAUUGAUUCAUAUAUGACAGAUCCAACUUGUCUUAAUCAGUCAGCUAAUAUAUUUCUUCAGCCAUCUCCAUUUAGUGCAAUUGAAUUAAUAAAACUAUCAUUGGAAUAUUCAACAAGACCAGUUGAUAUUUUAGUUCUUGGAACGAUGACGAAUCUUGCUACAGCUAUUAGUGAAGAUCGAUCAAUUGUAUCAAAAAUAGGCACACUCUACUUUUCUUGUGGUCAAUUCAAAGCAAUCAAUUCAUAUCCAUCUCUCAUACCAAAUUUGACACUAGCUACUUACCCGGAGAGUGAAGAAAUGAUAGACGCUAGUCCAAAUGUUUUCUUGGAUGUACUUGCUGUGCAACGCGUUGGUAUGAGUGGAAUCAAAAAUAUUGUUGCCAUGCCAAUACAUACACAAAAUACACUACUAAUCAAUCUGACGCAACUGAAUGAAACAUUGACAAAACUGAAUAUUCAAUUGAAACCUUUUGUGCUGAAUUUUAUAUCAUCAUUUGCAAGAUGUACUAGUUCAAAUCCAAAUGGGACUUAUUUAAAGUGGUGGGAUAAUAGUGCUGCUCAAUUCAUGGUACAAAUGCAAACAAAUAAUAGUCAAGGAUUUUGUCGUCGAACGCAGAAUGUUAAAUCUCUUUAUAUAAUGUCGGCUGAUUCUCAUCAAUUCUUUGGUCAAGGCAUGAUCAAUGUAGAAACACGUUUACCAAAUGCUAGUGGACUUGUAAACUAUACAAUAUGCACAGAAGCCAAUUCAGAUAUAUUUUUAUCUGAAUUCUUAAAUAAAAUUAGCUCAGAAAAACUUUAUUCAUGCGCCCGGCAAUAUAGCGAACGAUUUGAUAUUAAAUUACAGCAAUGUAUGCUAAAAUAUGAAGAUACUUUGCAACAAACUAAUAUGGGGAAAACGGUCUAUUUUCUAAAACCUAUUUUUCUUUCGAUGUAUUUAUUUAUUGUAUUAGUUACCAUCUAA